AUGGCCGGUCUCGCGGGACCCAACCUCACCGGUGGACCGACAUCGCUCUCGGGCUCAGGAGUGAACGCCUGCCCGCCGACGCCUGCACGCAGAAGACACCGCACUACCUUCACUCAGGAGCAACUUCAGGAGCUGGAGGCAGCCUUCGCCAAAAGUCACUACCCGGACAUUUACUGUCGCGAGGAGCUAGCACGUAUCACCAAGCUCAAUGAAGCCCGAAUUCAAGUCUGGUUCCAGAAUCGGCGGGCAAAGUACCGCAAGCAGGAGAAGCAACUGCAGAAGGCGCUCAGCAACUCGUCAAUGUUGCCCGCCUGUAAUGGCGCCACGAUGAUGCGCAACAUCUACCAGGCCUCGGCGGCGCAGGCCAACGCCUCGCGCAACUACUCGGGCUACUCGACCAGCGGCUCAAUCAACUCGAUGAACGCGGCGGCGGCCACUGCGGCCCGCUACCCGCCCAUGAGCGCCGCCGCCGCCUACCCGCCCAUGGGGGGACAGCCCUUCGGCAUGUCCGCUCACUCCGCAGGACACAUGGGCGGCAUGGGCCGUCAGGAGCCCACUGACGCCGAGACCGACUGGUACAACAAGGGCUUCAAUGCCUUGCGAAUGAACCACAGUGCGCCGCACAACCACGCCAAUCUGGCGGCGCCCAUGCUCCAGUACCAGACAUAG